GGGCUGACCAACGAAUGCCUCAGAUUAUUAUCGGUAUCUUCCAACAAUCGCCCAAAAUCCUCUGCCGCCAAAUCUUCAAAGCAACGGCUGCCGCGAAUUCAAGCAAGCACCACCACAACAGCCAACACACAGCAUCUCAGCAUCAGGACUGCUGAAGCGAGCGCAAGCGUGUGAAGCAGGCCGCGGGCGACCGACAGCCAAGGGUCUGAAAGAAACAGCGACCAACAAGGGCGGAGUUUGUUUCUGAUCCCCACCGCGAAGAUGGCAACCGAGUGCGAGAAGGAGGAGGAAAACAUCCAGGUCAUCCUGCGUGUGCGUCCUCUGGUGGGCUCUGGCGUGAACGACAACGACACCAUCAAGUGCCUGAACUAUGUGGACGAGAAAGCCGUGAAACUGGAGAGCAACAAGAACAUCUUCACCUUCGACGAGGUCCUCACGGAGGAAUCCACUCAGGACAAAGUGUUUGAGACAGUGGCCAAGCGAGUGAUUGAGUCCUGCUUGGAAGGCUACAAUGGAACCAUCUUUGCAUACGGCCAAACUGGGAGUGGCAAAACGUUCACCAUGAUGGGAAGAAAGGACGACAACGACGACAUUGUGCAGGAGGAACGCGGCAUCAUCCCCCGCGCUUUUGAAUUCCUCUUCAGCCAGAUCCAGCGCGAGUGCCAGAAGAAGGGCAAUGUGUCCUUCAGUUGCAGCUGCUCCUUCACCGAGAUUUACAACGAGCGCAUCUACGACCUUCUUGACGCCACGUGCACGGGCAAGAAUCUUCGUGAGGAUGUGCGCAACGGUGUGCACAUCGAAGACGUCACAGAGCACAUUGUAGAGUCGCCACGCGAAGCCAUGGAGGUGCUGAACGCUGGCAACGGCAACCGGCGCACCGCAGAGACGUCCAUGAACCGCGAGAGCAGCCGCAGUCACGCUAUUUUCACCAUGACCAUCAAGAGCAUCGAGUCCACCGGGGAUGGGCUGCGCAACGUGAAGAUGGCGCGGCUGAACCUGAUUGAUCUUGCCGGCUCCGAGCGGCAGCGCGACACACAGGCGGACGGCACGCGUCUGCGCGAGGCAGGGCAGAUCAACAAGUCGCUGUCGACGCUGGGCAACGUCAUCACCGCCCUCGUGUCCAUUGCCAACGGCAAGCAGCGCCAUGUGCCGUAUCGCGACUCCAAGCUCACUUUUCUCCUCCGCGACUCGCUUGGUGGCAACACCAAGACCUAUCUGCUUGCCGCCGUCAACCCUUCCCGAAAGGCGUUUGGGGAGACGCUGUCUACGCUCAAGUUUGCUCAGCGCGCCAAGCUCAUUAAGAACAAGACGGCGCGCAACGAGGACUUUGUCGGCAACGUGCGGGAGCUGCAAGCGGAAGUGAAGCGGCUUCGAGACCUGCUCGCACAACCCAACAUGCAGGCCCUGCCUGCGCUGCCGCCCGGGGUGCAGACGGACGGCGACGAUGAUGGCGACCUUCGCCGCAUCGUGUGCACCAUGAUCGACCUGCACAAGCGCUCCGAGUCUGAGAAAGAGGACCUUGCCGAGCGGUUGCAGGAGUCGCAGGAGCUGCUCAGCGCAUACCAGCGGUCCCUGCAGGCACUCAAGAUGCGGUACAAGUUUCGGGAGGCGGAGGUGUCGCAGCUGAAGCGCGGGGCGGGCGCAUCUGUGGACGAAGACGAGCAACUGGCUGCCCUUCGCAAGGAGAUCAAGGCGCUGGAGCAGGAGAUUAAGGUCAACGUCGACGCAGCCCGCUUGCUGACGAAGAACAAGGCGCUUCAGGCUGAGCUGCGGUCGCUGCGGUCCCAAUAUCCGGUCGAUGACGACAACGCCGUCCUGGCGCAGACGCGCACGCGCAUGCUGGAGCUGGAGGAGAUUGUGCAGCGCCUUCUCGUCAACAACAAGGACUCGGCUUCUCUCGGCCAACUGAUUUCGAGCGCCAAUGCAUCGCCUGCACCGGGCAUAUCGCCACGUAUGCGCGAUGGUAAGCACCUUGCGCGCCAGACCAAGGUGGAGAGCGAACUGAAGCAGCAAGUCUCGGAUCUGCAGCAGGAGCUGAAGGAAACACGCGACCAGCUCACCCAGGUUGAGGAGAAUGCGCAACGCAAGGUGAUGGAGCUUGCGUCAUCGAAGCGUGCGGCAGAGAAGACGACAGCUGAGCUUGAGCGCGCGCUUGAGGCCGAGCGCAUGAAGGCGGCUGCCCGUGAGGCGCAGGCCCGCGAUGAACAGCUGCAGGAGCUCUCAAAGGCUUUUGCCGACUCGGAACAGAUCAACGACCUUGCCUCCCUCCGCAGCAAGAUGGAGGCUCUGGUGCACGAGGUCAAGUCCAGCCAGGCCGUGCAGGAAGAGCUGACUCAGCAGAUUUCUUCUCUCGAGAGUGCCAGCCGGCAGCUGCGCCAAGACAAGGAGCAGCUCACCUCCCAGCUCUCCAUGGAGCAGACUGCUCACGCGGAGACGUCUGAGGAGCUGAAGAGCACCAUUGCCACCCUCGAGCAGCGGCUGGAUGGUCUACUAUCGGAGAUGCAAGACAAGGCGACGGAAUUCCAGACCUCUCUCCAGGAACAGCAGGCCGCUGCUGCAGCGCUCACAACCGAGAAGGAGGCCAUGCAAAAGGAGCUGGCCCAGUCGCAGCGCAAGGUGGCUGAGCUGGAUAAGGAGAACACGGACCAGGCUGGCCAGCUCGUCAGCAUUCGCCACGACCUCGAGGCUGCACUCACCAGCAACCAAGACCUCAUGGAUGAGCGGGACACACUUGACGGCGAACUUCAGUUCGUUCAAGAGGAGCUCGAUCGCAUUACGCAGGAGCUGAGUGAUGAGAAGGCCAAGACAUCAUCGCUGACACAUGAACAGGAAGCGCUGCAGGCGACGAUUGCCAAGCUGGAGGACUCCGUUGCCAAAUAUGAGCAGCAGCUCAACGACGACAGUGACCAAAAGUCAGAGAUGCUGGAGCUGUCGCAGAAGAACCAGGAGCUGGUUGAGCAAAUUGAGGCGUCUGUUGCGGCACAGAUUGAAGCGCAGGACACGCUGGAGUCGACCCGUGAGGAGCUCAACGAGGCCAAGGACCGGUUUGCACGCAAGGAGGCUCGGAUGGCUGAGGAGAAGGCGGCUAUCGUGGCCGAACUGCGCACAACCACUGACCAACUCAAGGAACUCAAGUCUAGCAACGAGUCGCUCACUGCUGAGCUGAAGGAGUGCAAGGAGGAGGUGGACCGCCUGACAGCAGAGCUUGGCUUCGCCACAGACAAGCAGGCCGAAUUCCAGCGGCUGCUGAAGCACACGGAGAGCGUGAUUGCGAAGAAUGAGGACGAGUACAAAGACCAGAUGGCGGAGGUUGUGGAGACAACGACGCUUGUGAAGGACGAACUGCGUGCAUCAAAGGCGCGCGUGCAGGAGUUGGAGACGCAACUGCAGAGCGCACGCGAUGUACUGGCAGCGAAGGAGGACGACGCUGCCCAGCGCAUUGCACAGCUCGAGCAGUCGCUCGAUGAGCUCAAGGCAGCAAACACCGACCUUCGUCAGCAAUUGGAGGCGCCGCGUGAGAAUGCAACGGCGCUCGAGCAGGAAGUGCAGUCGCUGCAGCAGCAACUUGCAGCCAGCAAGACACAAGAGAAGAAGUAUCUGGAGAUGCUUGAUGCCGCGGAGGCGUCGCGCGUGGAGAAGAACAGCGAGCUGUCGCAGCUGCGGGCCGACCUUGACGCCGCCAAGCGCACCGCCAGCGAGUCUGCCAGCAUGGUGGAGGAGCUCGAGGAGACGCGGGCCGAGAACAGGCGGUUGGAAGCGAGUGUUCGCGCUGCGCAGCGUACGACUGAGGACCACACGCGUGCGGUGAAGGAGCUGGAGGAGGUGAAGUCGCAGCUGACGAUGAAGGAGAGCCAUCGCCGUCGUCUGGAGGACGAAGUGAAGGAGCAAGCGUCUGAGCUUGCCGAGUCGCUUGUGUGUGCGCAGGAGCUGAACAAGGACCUGCUUGGCAUGAAGGAGAGCCUUGAUCGCGCGCGCAAGGAGAACCUCACCCUGCGCAAGGAAAAUUCGCAGCUGAAGAAAGCAGUCAAAGCGCUUGAGGAAGAGAGAGACGGUCUUGUUGGACACCAGAACCCGCGCCAGAAGCUCAAGCACAUGGCCAAGAUCCGCGCCGAGAACAACGAGCUGCGCAUGCGCCUGAAUGAGCUGUCCAAGGAAGUUGCAAUGUUGAAGCGGCAACAAGCCGGCGAGCAGGAGAACCUGGCUGUGAACGUGUGUUGACGUUGCUGUGAACGUGUGCUGACGUUCCUCCUUGCACCCCCUCCCCCCUCCACACACCCACACCCCCGACUUUUUGUGCAUUGCGUUGUUCAUGAUGAUGAUGAUGGUCUUACGAACAGAAAAGCCGCCUGGCUCACGGCUGUGGGAUCUCCGCAUGCCGGUUAUUGCUGCUGUUGAUACGAAUGUGUCGUUUACUGCUUGCUCGCACGGUACUGCAAAAAAAAAAAAAAAAAAAAAAAAACAAGAAGGUCACAUCAUAUCAUCAAAAC